UGUACAAUGGGAAAGAAGCUGUUGCUGUUAGAUGUUGACUGUGGGGUGGAUGAUGCCCAAGCAAUGAUAAUGACUCUUGCAGCUCCUAACGUGUACAUCCUGGGUAUAACGUGUUGUCAUGGAAACACAGCAAUCGAAAACGUCUGCAAAAAUGUGCUGCGAGUGGUACAACUUUGCAAGAGGAUGGAGAUUCCAGUGUACCGGGGUACAGUUACCUCUGUCCUUGGAGAGAGACUCCAUGAUCCUGCUUACCAUGGAAAGGAUGGUCUGGGUGAUGUCCCAGACCCUAAUGCUCCAGGGCUGGAACAAAUACAAGCUGAGCAUGCAGUGAAUGCCAUGAUAAGAAUAGUCAAUCAGCAUGUUGGCCAGGUCUGUCUUGUUGCUGUUGGACCCCUGACCAAUGUGGCUUUGGCUGCAAAAAUGGACCCCACUUUCCUUUCAAAACUGAAAUCAUUAUACACCAUGGGAGGUAACAUGGAAGCCAGAGGGAAUAUGAGAAUCUGCAGUGAGUUUAACUUUGUUACUGAUCCAGAAGCAGCUUCCAUUGUUCUCAGCCAUUUUACAUGCCCCACUUACAUUGCCACCUUGGAAUAUAGCCUCCGCCAUCAAUUACCAUGGUACUUUUUUCAAAAGUGGAUAAAUCAAAAUACUGAAAAAGCUUGAUUCAUGAAGAAUAUAACUACAAAUACUGCUCAGUACAUGAAAGAUGAUCAAGGCAGUAAAAAGUUGUAUUUUGGACAGGGGUUUGUAUCCUGUGAUUCAUAUGCAAUGGCUGCUGCAAUUGAUGAUUCUGUUGUCACUGAACAUGCAGCGUAUGGGGUAAGUGUGGAACUGCACGGAUCAUUGACCAGAGGGAUGAUGGUUGUAGAUACCCUUAACCUCCUGAAACUAAAGCAUAAAGCUGUUGUCUUUCUGAAAUGUGACAUGGAAAAAUUUAAGCAGUUGUUGGUUAAUGCUCUUCCCUGGAGCAUCGGAGGCUGA